UCUGGAUUGCAUCGUCGCGACGCUCUUCGCCGACAAAUUACGAUUUUAUCGGACUUUUCCGCGUUACUUUUAGCGCUCCCGCUUCUCGUCUCCGUUUAAAUUAAAACGUGAAUUUUCCUGGAACCUUUUCCAGAAAAUAUUAUUAUAUGCAGUUUAUGUUCGGGAGUUAAACGUGUUAAUGUCAAUGACUAAGAUGUGUCUAAUUUUAAAUUUGUAUCGGGCCGAAACAGUGUGGCGGUUGAAAUGGAAAUGUCCGUAUUCAAUAUGAAUUUAGACCAAUGGCUCUCGCUCUUGUGUUUUUGCUGACGUUAGCGUUGGCUUUUGCAGCACCGGAUUGGACUGAUUGUCCCUCCCCGUGCCACUGUAAGUGGAUUUCUGGGAAGAAGACCGCUUUCUGCAAGAAGCAAGGCUUAACGCAAGUUCCGGCUUAUCUGGAUGAGGGCAUGCAGGUCCUAGAUUUAUCCCAGAAUUUCAUUCCGAAACUGCCGCGGGCAGCUUUCCAGUCUGUCGGGUUGAUUAAUCUCCAAAGGAUUUACUUGAUGAAUUCCGGUAUAGGCGAGGUACACAAAGAGGCCUUUAAGGAUCUCACGAUUCUCGUCGAAAUAGAUUUAUCUAAUAACAAUAUUGUCCAGUUACAUCCGCAAACGUUUUACGGAAACGAACGUUUAAGGAUACUAUAUCUCACCGGGAAUCCGCUACGACAGUUGACUCAGGCCCAAUUUCCCGUUUUACCGCAUCUAAGGAAUUUGGAUUUGGAGCGGUGCCAGUUGCAAUUUAUACAUAAAGACGCUUUCGUUCACCUCGGCGCCCUGGAAACUUUAAACCUUAAAAACAAUUUAUUGCGGAACUUGUCAGAGGCAACGUUCAUGAGUUUCGCACAUUUAAAAACACUUUUGCUAGAGGGAAAUCCAUGGCGGUGCGACUGCGAACUUCGCGGUUUUCGCAAUUGGUUCCUAUCCAGUAACCUUUACUCGGUGUCGUUACUGUGCUACGAGCCGGAAAUUUUAGCUGACCAACGUUGGGAGGACUUGGGUUCGUCCGAAUUCGCCUGUGUGCCGCAAGUUUUCGCCUUUCCGCAACAACAAGUGCAAGCGGAGGCGGGCGGGAACAUUAGUUUCGGGUGUCACGUGCUCGGCGAUCCAGAACCGAAAGUAUCUUGGCUAUUCGAGGGACACUCCAUCAAUCACACCUGGCUGGUAAUUGAAGCGGAAGAAGGAUUGCCGGAUAAGUGGGCGAACAUUACCGUGUACAAUGUAAGCGAGAUUGAUGUCGGGGUGUAUACGUGUGUGGCAAAGAACUUCCUCGACUCGGUCGAGGUGAAUGUGAGUUUAGUGCUGCCGGAAGUGGUCACGGCUACAACCCUCAGUAAAUCGGACACUACUACGGUGAUUUGGUGGGGUAUAGUGGUGAUAUCCGUCGUACUGCUACUGUCUACUGUGAUAACAAUAACUGCGAUGUGCUGCGCGCGGAAACGUAACCAUGCCAUGCAUAACCGGAAUAUGCAGGCGAGUGUUAGUUUUACGGACCAAGAAAAGAAAUUAUUAGAUGUAAGUAUCGCCACGACGACCGAUAGGGGUACGGGCAGUUCGGAAGCCAUCGGCCCUCCCGAGAUGGACAUGAUGUUGGAGCCCCCCGUGCAUAUCACGAUAGAAAGAGAACCCCUGCCGAUGGUGGUGUUUCCGCCGCCCCCGGAAUUUUCUACCAGCACUUUACCGGCAGGGGCGUAUGGUAAUAUUUUCAUUUCAGUUUCGGUAAGUCGCGACCCGAACUUGGUGGACAUAUCUAGGUGUCCAGAUUUAUUAGACUUACCUCAUAAUAGGCCAAAGCCCGUUUAUCACGGGAUGGCAACGCUUCCUAGACGGCCUCCUGCGCCGAUUCCGAAGUACGAUAAUAUGGGUCCACGGGUGACGGCCGGCGGUAGUUCGACCUUGUCUCUACCAGAUGCCGCCGCGGCCGCCACCGCCAACGCUUUAGUUUCUGCUGUUCCUGAUGACGCUCCUAUUUUGACGGAGUUACCCCCUACUCAUCCUACUAAUAACAAAAAACCCCCCCUGUGUGUCCCUGUUGCGCAAGAAUUUGUCUCUCUCUAACCUUUUUACAAUGGUUAAUCUUCAAUUAGUGCCUUUGCUCACAUCAAUGUUUUCUUUUUGUUGUUGUCUCAAUGUUUAUGUGAUCGCUGAUCAACAACUGUUUUGUUUGUAAAAUUAAUUUAUAAUUUUACAGUUACAUACAGAUUUAUAGAUAUUCAAGGCCUUACGUUAAAGAUCCCUAGGGAAGGCUAGUCAAAAUAACGAAACACUUUUUCUUCAUAUACAUGGUGACUAAUAUAAUUUUUUUGAUAUUGGUACAUGGGCCUCUGAAGUUGGAAUUUUGAACUGAAAUUUAUACAGCCUGUCCUAUAAAUAAAACAACCAAGAUACAAUUACAGUAAUAAACUUAAAUUAUUUUUUUGAAUUUUGGCCAUACAUUUAGCAUUUAUUCGUUUUUAACAAAAUUUAGACAGCGUUUUAUGUGGCAAUUUAAUUUUUUAAAAUUAUGUCGUAGAGGGCGCCACCGGCAAUAUUUUGAUUUUUUUUAAGUUCCGUAACUUUUUCAGGCUCAGCACAAUUUAAUUUUUUAUUUGAAAUAUGCAUUGUGCAAAUAGUUUUCCUUCAAAAAGGUAAAGUUCAAAAAUCACGCUACAAUUAAUCCUUUUCGAGAAAUUUACAUUUAAAGUUUUCAAUGCGCUUAAAAUAAUAGGCUGUGCCUGUGUGACAAGAUUAAUUAUUAUAAAUGUCACUAUCAGGGUUUAUGAUCAAAUUCAAAUUCAAAAAGCAUUUAUUUGUCAACAACCUAGAUAUAAUAAUAAAAAUAUAAUAAAUAAUCUCCUGACAUAAAGGACACAAGAAAAAAAAAAAAAUAGUAAUAUUAGUUAUCUAAUGGAACCAAAACUCCAAUAACAUGACAAAACCCUCUACCAAAGUAUAUAGGUUUCAACUUAGACUUUAGACUUUUCUUAGACUGUGCCUCUACAUUGGGACCGUAUUCGUGAAAGUAGCAAAGCUGAUUCAAAUUUGUUCAAAUUACUAACUUGUUGAAUGUCAUGCCGAAUGAAAAAAACUGCAACACCCGAUCUUAUAUCAGAGACUAUGGGCGCGUUUUUAAAUUCAGCAGUCGAUCCACCACUUAAGCAAAAUUUGCUAUUUGCGUUUCUAAAUUAUCUGCGUUCCAUCACAUUUCUUUAUUAUAUGAUGGGUCCAUCAAUGAUUGGCUGAUGGCAAUCACUGGUCCAUCGUAUAUUCGUUUUGGUGGGAUGGUGUGAUGGAAAUGUUAACGUUGAUUUUUACAUUUUAUAAUUUUUUUAAAUAAUUUUUGAUUUGACCAAAACAAACAAGAUAAUUAGCUUUUAACUGCAUUCAUUCAAUUUAAGAUUUUUUUUACAAAGCGCAAGAUAGAAGGGCAUAGGGGUAAUAUUUUUUCGCACCCUGGCACGUUACGUGAAGUCCUAUUAAAACAUAACAAGAAAGAGGAAAUCUAAGGACGAAAAAUAAAUUUGGAAAUCAACUGAAAAGUCAAAUCAAAACAGGAAAACAAAACACAACAAUAUGAAAAAGCGUUACUUUUUUUAUCGGUUGAUCUUCCAUCACAAAUCAGCUGCUUUACGUUAUCAGUAAAGCAGCUGUCACUCGUAACCAAUUGAUGGAAUCCAUCAAAGAAUCCUGCUGAAUUUAAAAACGCGCCCAAUAUACAAUAGCCUUGCUAGUUAACAUUCAAAAAUAACUAUACUAUGUUUGCUGUUCCAGUAAUAAUUUUAAAUUAACAUGUUUUAAAAAAAUCUCUAAAUCGCAAGCCUUUACCAUCGAAGGCAAGUUGUUCCACAUAUAAGCUACAAGAAAUCCAAAAGUUCGAUGUUAUGGUAAAAGAAAAUGUUCUGUGAUCUUUGUAUUAUAAAUAUACUUCUUAAAUAUCUUGGUCUGAAUUGUUUAAUAAUUCUAUAAAUAAAAAUUAUACAUAGGUUUUCUUCUUCUGUUUUCCAUGUUUAAAAUAAUAUUAAUAAUUAAAUAGGAAGUUAUGUGGUCUCUUUAAAGAAUGUUAAACGAAAAUCUCAUACAGCUAUUCUGACUUUUCUAAAAUAGUUCUUUUUAUUCGCGACAUUAAAGAGCCUCCGUAAACAAUGUCAAUAUGGUCAAAAAGGGACAGGAUUAGAGAUUCACAUACAUACAUUUUUUGUUUGGCUGGAAAAUAUUUUAUAAUUGUGUAAAGUUUUUUUAAGGUCGUAUAUAAGCUGCUUUUAAUUUCAAAUUAUUUGAAAUAUCGAAAUGCAUCCUUUGUUCAAUUUCUUUUCUUAUAUAAUUGUUGCCGAAGACAAUGUGACGAUUUGGAGGAAAAACUUCAAUGUUCCUUAUAUCAGUGAUAAGGUGAUCUUAAACAGUUUGAAUAUUAUCUUCAUUAACCGGUAUAUACAAUGGUACAACUGCGAGGCAUCGGAAUAUUGUUGUAUUGUAGCAUGUUUUACAGAUUAAUACAUGUCGGCCACAUAAAUUGAAAAAAGCAAAAGAGAUAACGCCGCAGGAUAAUCGUUAAUAUUCUAAGAAAUUCUCGUCUCGAAUCUUUAAGUCGUUUUAGAAAAAAGCAAUGAUAUUAUUGGAAAAACCAAAAUAUUUUAACUUCGGUUCACAAGUAUCAAAGGCCUUAUUAAAGUCAAGGAGAGCCAUACAGGUACUAUUUUUUUAUUCUCAUUUGAAUGCAUAUCGUUCAAUAUUUUUACCAGAUUUGUGUUUGUUGAAUAAUAUUCUGGUUUUCGGCAAAUGAAUUGAUUAAAAAUGCGUUUUCGACUAUUUUUGAUAUAAACAGCAAAAUACUUAUGGGUCUCACGUAUUGCAUUGAUUCGGAUCUGUGAUUUUCCAAUGGGCUUAACAAUGGCUCUUUUCCAAAUUGAAGGGUACAUUUUAUCGAGAAUAGAGGUAUUUAGAAUAUUUAUUAAUGGAUUGACCCAAAACGGCAUACUUAAAUUAAUAUCCCUUAUAAAUAUCCCAACUACCUUAAUGGUAUUAGAUGAUAUUAAAGAAAUAAGUUUUAUUAAGCUGCUAUGAGCCAAAAGUGAAAAUGGCAAAUUUUCAAGAGUAUAUCUGGGACAUUGGUAAUAAUCAAUCAAAACUGGAGAAAAGGUGUCAGUUAUAUUUGAAUGCAUUUCAAAAAAAAAAAUUGUUGCGUUAUUAUUAUUAUUAUUACUAUUAUUACUAUUAUUAUUAUAUGUGAGAUUUAGUUUCUUUGCUGUGGUUUAAAAUUCUUUGCCUUUCUGCCUUGCCAUGUGGUUAAAACAGAUUAUUUUUUCCCUAAUAAUAACGCGUUUUGUAGAGUUACGUAGUUGCCUAGAAUAUUGUCCGUGAUGAUCAUUUUUUGAUUCUUAAAAUCUUCGAAAUGCCUUUUCUCUUAGCUUUAUUAAUAGUUUAAUGUUGCUAGUUAUCCAAGAAGCAUAAGGUCUUUCGUAAAAAGAUUUAGUUUUAAAUGGUACAAGAUUGUACCAAUCAGUUAGAGAUUGUAAAACUGCUAAUGUUCCAGAGCUAAUGAAUAUAGAAUUUUGAUUGCAAUUAUCAUAUCGAUGAGAGAAGGAUUGCCUGUACUAGAACUUAUCCCAGUGGACUCAUUAUUGACAUGUAGGAGAAAGAAAAUCUCUUGCCACUAAAAUAUAAAUAUAAAUUGUGUAAUUACAUUAGCCAAAAUCUUUUCCAAGUUAUCAAGAAAAAGAGAUACAUACAGUUUUCGAAUAUGUAUAUAUACAGGGUGUUCCUUAAAGACGUGCUAAUAUUUAAGGGGGUGAUUCCUGGACUCAUUUUAAGAAAAAAAGUCCCUAUGAACAUAUGUCCUAAACGUCUUAACUUUUGAGAUACAGGGGGUUAAAGUUAAAAAAAAAUCAGUUUUUUAAUAAUAAAUUAAACAAUAUUAUAAACAUUUUAUGAAAUUUGGUACGUAUAUUCAAUACGUCAAGACGCAUUUUUUGAUGUCUAAAAAAUUUUUUUUUCUCUGCCAGUGGCGUCGCUACAGGUCUUCUAUUGAAUAUUUUUAGUGAAAAAAUUAUUACGCCACUGCUUUUUCUUAAAAUAAAAAUUGUUUUUAAAAUCCUCAAUAAAAAAGUGAUUUUAAAAAUCAUUUUUAAAAAUAAUAAUUAUUUUUAAAAUCACUUUUUAGCAAAUUUGAUCUCUUAAUUUUUUUUCGUCCGACGCAUGGUUUUUGCUUAAAAAAAUAAAAACAAUUUUACUUCCCUAAAAAUUUGAUGCGGUGUGAAAAUGUUUGUUCGUCGAUUGCAAGCAAAUUAAGGGAUCAGAUUUAUUGCAAAAAGUAUGAAAAGUAAAAAAAUGUAAAUAAUUUAAGAAAUACAGUAAAAAAGUGCCGUAACGCGUCUUUAUUUAACGCAAAUAAAGUCGCUGAGUCCACUAUGCAUGCUUCUUAUUGCUCGUUGCUAUGGGCCAGCUCGUUGGCUUUUUAGCGAAGUAACAUUGUUUUUAUUUUUUUAAGCGAAAACUAUGCGUCGGACGCAAAAAAAAACUAAGAGAUUAAAUUUGCUAAAAAGUAAUUGGGGAUUUUAAAAAUAGUUAUGUAUGUUUUUCACAAAAAAUAUUCAAUAGAAGACCUAUAGGGCCGCCACUGGCAGAGAAAAUAUUUCUUUUUGCACAUCAAAAAAUGCGUCUUGAUACAUAGAAUACAUGUACCAAAUUUCAUAAAAAUGUCUACAAUAUUGUUUAAGUUAUUAUUAAAAAACUGCUUUUUUUUAAGCUUUAACACCCUGUAUGUCAAAAGCUAAGACUUUUAGGACAUAUGUUUAUAGAAUUUUUUUUCUUAAAAUGGGUCCAGGAAUCACCCCCUUUAAAAAUUAGCACGUCUUUAAGGAACACCCUAUAUAUAUAAUAAUAAGAAUGAUUCAUUUUUUAUUCUAUAACUUAUUUCUAAUAUUUCAAUGUCAGUAAAAGCAAAACCAAAAUGGUAAAUCGAGUAUUUUAAUUUUUUUUUAUAUAUAGACCCAAUCCUCCUUUUCUAUAGUCACGGUCUUUUCUUAAGAAUAUGUCCAUGCCUGGGUUUAGCCAUGUUUCGGUUUACAUUUAUCAACUACGCUACGUCAUAAACUAACAUUCACAGCCAUUUAAAGUAAACAACCAUUAAAAGUAAAGCUCUUGACAGAUAUUUUGAUGAGUGGUUAUAAAAAAUUAAAAUCACACAAUUAGUAAUAUUAUCUAUUAUCAUGUUUGUUCUGUUAGUUUAGUGAUUUAUUGCAUAUCACGUGGAAGUCAAAUAACCUUGGCUCGCAUGAAAUCCAGACUUUAACCCAUUGGAUUUUUGCAUCAUAAGAGAGCAUGGUAAAAAUAUGAACUGUCAUUUCGAAAUGAGAAGAAAAAAGAAUUUUAAAAUAUACUGAGACAAAUGGAGAUCACGUUCGUCAUUAACUGGCAGAUAUUCAUAUUUUUAAUUUAUCUCUUAUAUUUUUUCAUUCAUUUGAAGUGUAAUAAAGCAAUUUAAAUAGUUUAUGAAUGUCGUUUUUGUUGAGAGCAUUGAAAAAUUUGAAUCUUAAUAUCUCGAAAAGGGUUAAUCGUAGCGAGAUUUUUGAAGUAUACCUUUUUUUAAGCACAACUGUUUGCACAAUACAUAUUUCAAAUAAAAAAUUAUAUUAUGCCAAGUCUAAAAAAGUAACGGAAAUAAAAAAAAGAUCAAAAUGUC